CAACAUGCUCCACACGAACCCAGUCUACCCCCUCUCCUGAGACCUCCACGGAGGGGGAAACUCAGGUGGAGGAAGAGGGAGCUCCUGUCCUGACUCCCUACCCCUACAGUAGGCAUGGGGGGCCCUGUCGCCCGGGGUGUCUACUAGUCGCCCUGAUCUUCAUGCUCAUCUCUUUACUCGGCAGCUGGGCAGUGGUCCACCUCACCCUGGGGUCCCGUGGAAUGGCGACCUUCAGGAUCCAAGCCAGUUAUGACCGGCCGAGUGAACAGGAUGCCACUGCCACGAUCAAACCGGGCUUCACCACCAACUGCACCAUGGAUCUCUCCCCUUUCCACAACAUCCCCCUCCAGGGCCAGUACCAUUGUCACCAUGGCCCGGGGGUCCCUCUGGGACAGUUGUGUGACUUCACGAUGGACUGCCCACUCGGCGACGACGAAGGGGACAUGUGCAGUCAGUUUCUCAUUGGCAGCUAUUGCUCCUUCGAGGAUGGUGAGUGCGGUUGGCAGCCAACAGCGGCCAAGGGAUCCUCCUGGAGGCGUGUCCACACCCCGCCAAAGGGGGUGCGGCCCAGCUGUUCAUCAUCCUCAGGUGCCAUGUUCAGUGUGGAUGGAGGGCAGUCCAAGGGUCAUCAGGUGUCAACGUUGCUCAGGAGCCCUCUCUUCCCCCCUCCCCUACGAAACUCUCGAUGUGAGGUACGGUUCUUGAUGUGUUCUGGAGGUGGCCAGAGAGGGGCACUGUCUUUGUGGCUGGUGGAAAACAGCACACGACCAGAGGAGCAGCGCAGACUGUGGUACUCUGCCAACGAGCCCAAGACCAAGAAAGGCUGGAGACGCAUUAUCGUUCCUCUCUACGGACUUGUUGACUGGUUCUGGCUCCAGUUCAGUACUGACAAUGGAUCAGGUCCAGGAUCAGCGAUUUGUCUGGAUAACAUCUCCUUCAGUAUGGACUGCUUCCUGGCCUCCAAUGGUGAAUUUCCUCCAACGGUAACCGGCACCCCUAAACUGCCAUUGAAACCAACCAAUCAGAACAUUAAAACAACCAUCCCGUCCAAUGGAAACUCAAGAACAUUGUCAGACCUUCCUACUCCAACUGACUCAACGAAAUGGGCCUUUCACACUUGUGGGGCAGUUGGUUCAGAGGGGCCCACCCCAACCCAGUGUACCAGCUCCUAUCGGAACAGCAAUGUCAAUGUUAAUGUGGCAACCAGAAGCCCAUUCAAAGGCAUCCAAAUCUGGAGGGUACCAGAGACUGGCAUCUACAGGAUCACAGCUUGUGGGGCGGCUGGCGGUCGCAGUGUAUUGGCCAUGACCAAGUCACAUGGUGUCCAACUCACAGCGGACUUCCUGCUUCAGAAGGGCGAGUUGCUUUAUUUCCUGGUGGGCCAAAAGGGAGAGGACGCUUGCCCCAAUACCAACGGGACACUGAACAAGAUCUGUGUAGAGCAGACACCAUUGGACAAGAAGACACAGGUCAGAGGGGGUGGGGGCGGAGGAGGAGGAGGAGCCACCUAUGUGUUCAAGGUGGAAAGGGGUGUCCACAUCCCCCUGAUCAUCGCAGGUGGAGGUGGGGGACGUGGGUACAGCAGCCAAUCAAACAGCCAGAAUGAGUUAAUGGACGACCCCAAUGUACCAGGGCGUAACGGGAAGUCUGGAGCGGCAGGUGGAGGCGGAGGUUGGAAUGACAGUAACCCUGGGUCUCUGGGUGGGAGACCCCUAAUACUUGGAGGCCAGGGGGGGCAACCCUGCCAGAAGUUGGGCUGGAAGACCCGAGGGGGCUUCGGGGGAGGGGGAGGCCCCUGUACAUCCGGUGGUGGAGGAGGGGGGUAUAGAGGUGGCAGCACCUCUGAAGCAAAUGACCCAAAGCAGGACGGGGAUGACGGUUCCUCUUUCACCAACCCAGAGGGAGAGAUCUUCCUGGAUGCUCUGAAAGGGAUGGAAAGUGAUGGAGAAGUGAUCAUCUGCCCCGUGCAGAACUGUAGCCACUGUGAGACGGGCGAGUGUCAUGAGAACGAGGAGGGGACAAUGUGUUACUGUGACGAGGACCUCGAACUUGCCCCCGACGGUGUCUCUUGUGUCAAUGCAUCAACAGAGGUGUCUCUGCUGCCACCCCAGCCCUCCCUGUCCCAUCUGGCCCUGGGUCUGUCUGUGGGGACCUCAGCCCUCAUCGCUGCCCUGCUGCUAGCUGUGUCUGGAGUCAUGAUCAUGUACAGACGGAAGCACAUAGAGCUACAGUCCAUUCAGCUGGAGCUCCAGAGCCCAGACUGUAAACUGAGCAAGCUGAGGGCCUCCACCAUCAUGACCGACUACAACCCCAACUACUGCUUCGCUGGGAAGACCGCCUCUGUCAACGACCUGAAGGAGGUGCCCCGACGCAACAUCUCCCUCACCAGGGGACUGGGACAUGGUGCCUUCGGUGAGGUGUAUGAAGGGAUGGCAGUGGGGAUACCUGGAGAGUCCAAUCCCAUGCAAGUAGCAGUUAAGACACUCCCUGAGGUGUGCUCUGAGCAGGAUGAGCUCGACUUUCUCAUGGAGGCUCUCAUUAUCAGUAAAUUCAGCCACCAGAACAUAGUGCGGUGUAUAGGGGUGAGUCUUCAGGCCCUGCCGCGCUUCAUCCUACUGGAAUUGAUGGCUGGAGGAGACCUCAAGAGUUUCCUGAGAGAGACGCGGCCCAGACUGGAGCACCCCUCUAGUCUCUCCAUGGUGGACCUGCUCAACGUGGCCAGAGAUAUCGCACAGGGAUGCCAAUACCUGGAGGAGAACCAGUUUAUACACCGGGACAUUGCAGCUCGGAACUGCCUGCUGACCACCAAAGGACAGGGGAGAGUGGCCAAGAUAGGGGACUUUGGAAUGGCCAGGGACAUUUACAGGGCGAGCUACUACAGAAAGGGUGGGCGCGCCAUGCUGCCUGUGAAGUGGAUGCCUCCCGAAGCUUUCAUGGAGGGGAUCUUCACAUCCAAAACGGACACGUGGUCCUUUGGGGUUUUGCUAUGGGAGAUCUUCUCUCUGGGCUAUAUGCCCUAUCCCAGUCGCAGUAACCAGGAAGUGUUGGAGUUUGUCACCAGCGGGGGAAGGAUGGACCCUCCCAAAAACUGCCCAGGGCCCGUGUACCGAAUAAUGACACAGAGUUGGCAGCAUCAACCGGAGGACAGGCCAAACUUCUCCACCAUCUUGGAGAGGAUUGACUACUGCUUACAGGACCCCGAUGUGGUGACUGUUACCUUGCCUGUGGAAUAUGGGCCCCUCCCCGAAGCGGAGGAGCGGGUGCCCAUGCGCCCUGAGGAUCUCACGGCCUCUCCCCUGCUGGUGUCCACUCAGAUGCCCGACGGGGAGGGCCCUGCACCGCCACCCUCUGCCCCCGACUCCAACGAGGAGAAACGAAGAGUCAAGCAGCCCCUCCUUUCCAGCCAACCCCCCGAAACUAUCAAGCCCCAGAUGAUGGCGCAACAACCCCAGUUCUACCCCCACCCUCAGACAUUCACCACAACCACCAUCACAGCCACCUCCUUCAUCUCCACCUUCAAGGCGGCUCCCCCCAUCUCCACCCAGCAGCCCAACCCAGAGGGGGGCCACAUUAAUCUGGCCUUCACCCAGGGCUACCCUAAGGAUAAGGAUGGUCACAAUGGGAAGCCCACCAACCUGUGGAACCCCACCUAUGGCUCCUGGUUCCUCCAGCAGCAGCAGAGGAAGCAGCAGCAACAAAAGCAGCAGCAAAGGCUGGGAGACAUGGGCAGUGGAGGUGGGGGGGUUGGAGGUGGGAGGGUUCCGGGCGAGGGGCAGGAGUACCAGGGGCGGACUGUGGCCGAGGCUGCGGGGGCCCUGGGUCUCCAGCAACAGCAGCACAAGCAGCAGCAGUUCCAGCCACCGUAUCCCUUCCAUCCACAGCAGCAACAGCAUCAACAACAGCAGAUGCAGCUCCUGCACCACCAACAGCAGCAGCAACAGCAGGGGCUCUGCAAGCCCCUCUUGCCCCCUCCGCCCCCACCCCAGGUCACCUUCUCGGAUAUCACUGCCCCUACCCCGCUCCUGUUAGAUUCGGCCACCCUCCCCCCAGUCCCCCUCUUCAGACUUCGCCACUUCCCCUGCGGGAACAUCGGCUACGGCUACCAGGAGCAAGGGUUGCCCCUGGAGGCGACCCACCACCACACUAACCCUGUCAACCCCCAUCCUCCCCAGUCUCCUUCUCCCCCGCCACCCGUGGCCCUCCAGAGAGGAGUGGAGGGGACCCAGCUGUCGCUGAGCUGCUCGACGACGGCCAUAGCCGAGGACAGCCGUCCGCUGCUGGUCACCAUGGGGACGGUGCAGGACCCCAGGCUGCCCCGGAUGGAGGGCCACAAUGCCACGGUGCUUUAGCCCAACCUCCAUCUUUAUUUUUGUCUCUCACCUCAGAGACCAUGUGUAUAGGCAGACAGGCGUACAGCCAGACUAGAUGGUACACCGUGCAACAUUGUGUCAGGACAGUACCCGCCGCCUUACGACCCCCCUCCCGUCUCUAUGCCUUGGUUUCAUCCACAGAUUAGAUUGACCCAUUUUCACCUGGCCAAUGGUUGCGGAGUAAAAAAAAGAAGUAAAAUAAUCUCUAAAAUGGUUGCGGAAAUACCAAUGGGUGUUAAAGUAACUGCCCAGUGUUUCCAUAUUUCUAUGAAAUUUGACUUAUAAUUACUUAAAAUAUGAGAUAAAUAGUUUUCCUUCCAAAAAUGGUUAAAUGAGUAUGUUAAAAAGUAGCUUUUCUGUGUUGGAAUGGUGUGUGCGUACCCCAACAACAGAAUGGUAUGGACUUAAACCAGUCCUAAACAAUAUACAAUAUUAUUAUAAGUAGCCCGCUGAUUGGCCAGCUCAUCCUACUCCAGACCACUGAUUGGCCAGCUCAUCCUCCUCAGGGAGAUGAUAUGUUC